AUGUUCCACGCUAUGUUUGGAAUAUUGGCGCAUCUGUGCGCAGCGGGGCUUGUAGGUGCCUGCGCUGAGCACGUGGACCUGCAGCUCAUGCAGAUGUACACAGCAGUUCCCCUGCAUGGCAGUGGGAUCUGGCAGGGAUGCCAUACUUCAACCCAGGGCGACGAGUGUUACGAGAAGGUGGAGUGGGCGAUGCGGACGGGCAUCAAAAAACACCCGGAAUGGUAUCGCCCCCUGACGAGUAAUUCCAGCUUCGAGGACUUCCAGCAGCACCUGCACACAGUGGGCAGGCUCUCUGACGUGUGUCCUAAGCCAUGCGCAGCGGAGCGGUCAGAGGAGCGACAGCGACCGACAGAGUGCCGCACCAGUGUCGAGGGCGACGAGUGCUACGAGAAGGUGGAGUGGGCGAUGCGGACGGGCAUCAAAAAACACCCGGAAUGGUAUCUCCCCCUGACGGGUAAUUCCAGUUUCGAGGACUUCCAGCAGCACCUGCACACAGUGGACAGGCUCUCUGACGUGUGUCCCAAGCCGUGCGCAGCGGAGCAGUCAGAGGAGCGACAGCGACCGACAGAGCAGUUGCGCGUAGUGCCAGAGGAGUGCCGCACCAGUGUCGAGGGCGACGAGUGUCACGAGAAGGUGGAGUGGGCGAUGCGGACGGGCAUCAAAAAACACCCGGAAUGGUAUCUUCCCCUGACGAGUAAUUCCAGCUUCGAGGACUUCCAGCAGCACCUGCACACAGUGGACAGGCUCUCUGACGUGUGUCCCAAGCCUUGCUCUAGGCGGUCAGGGGACCGGCUUCGGACAAGUUCUGGAUCACCGAUGCCAGCAGAUCAAUAUGUUGGAACUCCGAUGCCUACAGCGCUGCAUGUUGGAACUCCAAUGCCAACAGAAAUCCAUGAGGAUGACCUACUCCUGUCGGUCUACCCUGGGUACGAGCAAACCGGUCGUAAUUGUCAGUGUGGAACACCGAUUAAGCAGUUAUCAGAAGAUUUCGCAUCUCUUGAGUUGUGUGCCUCGGAGUGCUCAUUGUUUCCCAAUUGCAAGUCGAUCGGUCUUCACCCUUGGCAAUCUAUUUGGAGAGGCCAAUGCGAUCUUUACGAUGCGGAGUGUGAGGAAACGAAUGGGCAUGACUCCAACACCACCUGUGCCAACCCAGUUCAGCAAGGAGCCCUCAGUGUCAACUUUAACCGGAUACCGACGCCCGCGCCCACGCCUGCACCCACGCUUGCACUCGAUUCUUGCGAUGUCACGGAUGGAUCGUUCAUGAGUUCUUUCUACCCGUGUCAGUGCGGAUCUGAAGUGUGUGUAACCAACGAGGUCUGUUCAGGUGACAGGCGUGGCCUUUCGUGCGCUCCUCCGGGCAUUCUGAAAGUAGAUUGGCCGUGCCUGACGACUUCGAUCGGCAGCAGCUAUUUCGUUUUUGCUGGAAGCAGCACAACAGGAGCGCCAGUGUACAGCAAUACCGAUGGUAACUACAUAUAUUGGGAUGCGUCGUGUGAUGGCAUCGAUCGACCUUUGAUAUACCAGCAGCCACGAUGGAUUCUCGACUCAGACUCACCAAACAUGACAGCGACCAUGGAUUUAGAUUCUGACUCGGCGUGCGAAUAUUUUGGGCAUCACGCUAGUUCUAACUUCAAUGGUGUCCCUCUUGGGAGCACAACGUGGACGUUAGUAUGCGACGGUGCAGUGUCCAACAUGACGGUGAACAUAACUUACGAGACGUAUCUUCCCACCCCAUCGCCGACGAUGGAACCUGGGGCACCGUGCACUUGUGACCAGGACGCAUGUGGCAUGUUUACCUAUAUUGACUUAGAUGGUGAUGGUUGCCUGGUGGAGGCAGAAGUGGACAAAGAAGAGAAUCUCAACGGACACUUUGCCGAGAUGGAUGCGGACGGGGAUGGCUGCGUUACCCAGGCAGAGUGCGGAGACUCGCCGUACUCGCGUGACAUGCCCAGGUUCCCAAUCCAGGGCCCAGCUGAAUGCACCUACGGAUACUAUUUCAUGGAAGACACCAGCGUCUGCCAGCAGUGCCCCGCAGGUGCCACGCGGCGGCGUCGCUCGGAGGGCUGCAGCAACUGCCCGGCGGGCAAAGUGGACUUGGGCGACUUCGACAACUGCAUCUCGGGUGUGUGGCUCACCGAGCCCCUCGCGAUUGGGUCCGACACUGUAUUCGUCAACAAGGCCGAAGACGAGAGCGGGGUCUUGCUGCAGAAGGGCGAUGGGAUCACCAUGUCGACGCGCAACCCUGGCCACUUCGAGAGAUUGGUUAUCGUCGACAAGAUCGGUUUCGAUGAUUCCCAGAGGUUGUCGCCUUACCAUGAGUCCCUGCUUCGGAAGAGUGGACCCUUUUUCGUGCUGGACCACGGCGUGCACGCGGCGUUCAACAAGUACGACGCGAUCGUUUCUGCCUGCACACAGGUCAAUGGGAUCUCGCUUAGCGAGCAGUACCCAUGCGGAUGUGGCAUCGAAAUCUGCGAUCUCGGGUACAGGUGUGACGAGCAGUGCAGUGGGAACAACACGGUCCUCGAUGCCUAUGCGGGCAGCGGCUACGGGAACGGCGGAUGUUGCAUCGGCCCUCCUGCCAUUCCCCUGCCCACCCCGGCCCCGACGGUGUCGGCCAAGGGUGACCCGCAUUUGGUUAACCUUCUUGGCGAGCAUUUCGACGUCAACCACGGCGGGGAGUUCACUUUGCUCCGCAUCCCGCAGGCCGCCGAAAGGGCCGCCGAGGUGCAGCUUCAGGCAACGAUCCGCCCUGAGCACGGGAAGCCAUGCACCACGUACAUCACCGCGGUCGAGCUCUCGGGCGCAUGGAUCGGUGGGUCGGUCGUGCAGGUGCGCUCCUACCUCAGGUCGCACACUAAGAAUGAAAGCGACGAGUUCUUGGGGCUUCGGGUGCUGGAGCCGGGCACGUCGGGAAAUGUUCCGUGGACGAGGCUUGAGGAGUGGACCGAUGGAAACGUUGUUCUCUUCGAGCAUCAGGCAAGGGAAGGCGUCAGGGUGACAAUGUCCAAGUCACAGUGGCGCACCAAGAAGAGCGUAAAGGAAGGAUUGCCGGCCGUGGCUGGGCAGGUUCAGCUCAUGAUCCAGAGCAAGCUUAGCACAGGUUUCGCGAUGAUCGUCGUCCGCCAAGACCUCCCCAUGCAGGAGCACCUGAACUUGGCUGUGCGGCGCUUGAGCGCACUCGGUCGUGCAGACAUUGGCGGGCUUCUUGGGUUCGAUGCGCACGCCGAGUCGCUAGAGGAUGUCACGCCAGAGUGCCAGCGUCACAGGGACGGGUUGGACGCGAAGAGAGGUCCCCACUCAACGCCAGGCUGGAAGGUUCGCUGGCAGAGGAUUAAAGAGCAGCGUGCGAUCACUCGCGUAUCAGACGGGUCAAUGAACGACAACGAAGCGGCUGCCAACCUUAUUGAUAAGAACAUGAUGUGCGUCUGCCCCAUCGAAGAGGAGGACGACUACACCUCGACCCUGAUCGGUGGCGGACGCCAGGGCGUCCUUGCAAAGUUCCAGACUGGCAGGUUUGCGGAGGCCACGUGGGACUGA